CAAAUAUUUAUUAAAUACCUACAACAUGCCAGAAACGGUGGUAACUGCUUGAGAAGUAGUUAUUUUUCCAUUAAAAUAAGUAAUUCAAUUCACAGAUUGCCUAAGACUCUAAGAACAAAACACUAUGCUGUGUUUUAACGUAUGACAGACAUAUAACGUAUGUCUGCCAUACGUUAGACAAAUAGUAAUAAAAAAUUUAAGGGAUUUUGUAUCUCUAACUAGGAAAAUACCUUGUUUUAAUUUAAUGGUGAAAAAUGAGUUGCGUGUUUUAUUGCCACAGCUAGAAAAUGUCUCUUUUGGUUUGUUUGGUCAGUUGGUGGGUUUUUAUAAGAAUAACAGAGUCUAGUGGAUUAAUCACAAGCUAAGAGCCAACCGACUUAAGUCUUCUAAUGAUCAGUUACGACCCUGUGUACAUGUCUACUUCAUGAUUUUUAAAAACAUGUAAAUAAAUUUAGCUAACGUCAUAACUAUACUCAGUUUAGGCUAUUUCUGCAUGGUGGCAAAACGAACUAGCUGAAAAGUGCACAGAUCAUUACAACUGCCCAGAUGUUUUAAUUAUAGUGAUACCAAUUGUUGCAGGUUAGGUUCGUCAGAAACCAGACUGAGACAGAGAGUAGUGUGCAGGAUGUUUACUGAGUAGUGCCCUUGGGCUCAACACCUGUGGAAGAGUGGGGAGUUAAGCAGGAAUGGGCAGAAUUUGAACUGUGAUGAAAGAAGAGCCUUGGUUUUCCCUGUGAUGAACUCUAGAGCUAGAAUGGUUCUUUUUUUUUUUUUUACAUUUUUAUUUAUUUUUAACAUCUUUAUUGGAGUAUAAUUUCUUUACAAUGGUGUGUUAGUUUCUGCUUUAUAACAAAGUGAAUCAGUUAUACCUAUACAUAUAUCCCCAUAUCUCCUCCCUCUUGCAUCUCCCUCCCUAGAAUGGUUCUUCAGAGUUCAAGAUGGCCAGGCCUUUUUAUUUUCACAUUAAUCAGUCAUUGAAAACUGUCUGCUGUUGGAAGCGAAGUAACCUUGGGUUAACCUUGGGUUACAGAGAGGCAGCUCUCUGCUAUUGAGGCAAUCCAUGGAAGGAGCUAGCAGCUGAAGAUUAUCUGCUGGUAGCCCUCCCAUGUGCUGGGCAACAAGUCCUUCGCCGAAGGGAGUUUGUAUACUGUGUCCACCAGUAAACCAGGCUUAUUGCCUCUUCUUACCUACAUGUCCGAGGAAAUAGUCAAAUGGUAUAGCCUAGCAAGGUCAUGGCUCUUGUGAAAAAAAAAAAUUCAACAAGUUACUUGGCUGAAUCAGUCAAAUGGUUGAUCCAGCAUCUCCAUGUAGAAACAUCCUUCUUUUCAGUUUGUCCACCCAUUAAAAAAAUGAACCAGAGGGUGUAUGAAUCUCAACAAAAGACCUUUAAAUGACAAAGCAAUAAAAUUAAAGAUUUGGUCAGAAAAAAAAGUUCUAGUUAAGUCCCAAGGUCAUUAUUCAGUCCAGUCUCCUCUACUUUCUACAGGAUAAAUUGUACAACAAGAGCUCAAUCUUCAGAAAAAUCACUCUGAAACACUUCAGUGAUCUGACAUUUUUAAAAAUUAAAAUAUAUUCAGUAUACCAUAUUUAUUAGGGUAGAAAAAUGAUUUGGUAUAAAGAAAUUCAACAAAUUGGGUUGAAACAACAUUUUUUCCUUCUAUUAAACAAAAAAGUCAAAUAACCAGCAUAUCCCACAAUGUAUUGAAUAUUUCUAACACUUAAGGUUUGAAGACAGAGCUCUUUUGUAAUCCAAGCCAGUAUAAAAUAAAUAUUGUUUGAUAUUAACUCGUGUAUAAGUUGGUGAACAAUUUUGAAAGCUACAAGGCUUGUUCUUAUUAAUCACUCCCUUUCUCCACUCCUUACCUCCCAUUCCUUGUUCUGUCUCAGUUGUUUUCUGAAAAUUGAACCCCAAAGAACCUGAAGGGUCAGUCAUUUUAAUAAACACAAUUCUUAAAAUUAUCAAAAGAAGCAACAACAAAGACAAAAACACCAGCAGUCUAUUAUUCUCAGUUAUUAGAUGAGAAGCUUUUUGGUGACAGUCCUCUCAAGAAGGGCAGCUGUGGGUUAGUAACCAUUUGAUUUAAUUAACUAAUCUUGAUUUUUCAUUAGUUAAUUUAAUUAACUUUAAGACAGCAAGUGGAAAAAUCUAUUUUGCUUCAAUUCAACACACACUUUUGGAACACUUUUGCUGUAGUUUUAGACUCUCAACAUAGUAGGAGCUUAGAGAUAGUGGGAAUCUGGUAGGCAAGGGGUCUGGGGAGCUUGACUUGCAGCUGAAUUUCAUAGAAAACAUGCUGUUUAACUUGGAUUUUAUGUCUAUUUAGGGUGUGAGAGCCAGUGGAGACGGUGGUGAGAUGGUUAAUGGUCCACAGCUACCGCGGCUUGUUACUUGCAAGCUACUAUGUUGGGUACUGCUCUUUUUAACAUAAUUUUAAAAACACAAUUUCUCUUUUUAAGAAAUUAGCACUUAGUGUAUGAAGUGGUAGUGGAAAAGAAAAUACAAGAACAUAAGUCUAAAAGCUAAGGAGGGGGGUGAAAAAGAAAGAAGGUAUUACACCUAUUUAAAAGGAUCAGAACCUAUCAGACAAAAUGGCAUUGGAGAUAGACCUUAAAACAUAGACUUUAGAGAGCUUGACCAGCUUACACCCUAUAAUUAUUUAUGGUUUUUUUGAUACAUGCAAAAAUGAAAUGAAAAUUAGAUGACAACUUGGGUCAAAGAAGCAAUGACUUAAUGAAUCAAAUGAAUCACUUAACUUAAUGAAUCAACUCAAUGACUUAACUUAAUGAAUCAAAUGCUUUUAGGGUUAAUUAUUUGACUAUUCCCCUUCAUACUUGAUUUUAUAUUUAGUGUACAGAGGUACAGUUUUGUGUGUCCACAAAGGCAAUUCUGUAAUUACUACAAUAGAAGUAGCAUCUCCAAUACUAACUUGAUCCUGAUCCAUAUCUGAUAAUGUUUUCCUAUAUCUUUUGUGAGUUAAGUCAAGAGAGUUUGAAAAAUGCCAGAUGUUACAAAACAAUUACCUACCUAAUACCAUGUAUGGAUAAAACUAAACUGAGUCCAAUUUUGUAUCUAGGCCAAGAGGUGACUCCAGCAGGAAUUCUGAAGAGCCAAAAUGAUGUGACAGUGAAUAAUGAGUAGUACCAACUGUGGCAACUCUUCAGCUAAGAUGAGUGUCAACGAAGUGUCAGCUUUCUCGUUGACUCUGGAGCAAAAAACUGGCUUCGCUUUUGUUGGGAUUUUGUGUAUCUUCUUGGGACUUCUUAUCAUCAGAUGCUUCAAAAUCCUGUUAGACCCAUAUAGUAGCAUGCCUUCCUCUACAUGGGAAGGUGAAAUUGAAGAGUUUGAUAAAGGGACAUUUGAAUAUGCACUUGCCUGAGCGUUUCAGCUUUAUAGUUUUUAGGGUUAUACCACUGGGGCACAUGGUGGACACAACUGUAAUUUCCUUCAGUGUGCUGGAGGAAGAUCAUUUCAUUCACUGAAUUCAAUAAAGGUGUAUGGUUAAUUUAUCCACCAUGCUGUGUAAGUGAUAAACCAUUGCUGGGGUUCCUCACUUUCCUCUGUCCUCACAUUGAGGUUUCUAAUGAAUAGAGCAUAAGGAUAACUCCAGCCACAUAUAAUAUCUUUAUUCUUCCUGCAUCUGCCCCUAUGCAAUACCCAGACACUCUCUCCAUAUUCCUGACUCCGCCCCCCUUGCUCUAGAGAAUUAGGUGUCAAAGAUAAGGACACCUCAGUCCAAAGAAUAAAUAGAAUAUGAUUUUCCUAAUAAGAGCCAUAGGUCCACAAUGUUCGUACAAACCCUACAAGCAACCAUAGGCCAUAAAGUUCCCCACAUGUCACAAUUUGACCCUUCUAUUUCUUCUCCUUCUAGGAUCUCUUGCAAUAAAAUCCCCUAGCUUGGGAUCAUACUGAUACUCCCUCCUCUUCCCCUUUUAUAAAUAGCAUUAAAAAGGGAGUUUUCAUCAUGACCUGGUGGAAACAAGAAACAAGAAGUCCAGUCUCCACUCUGCCACCGAUAGAGCUAUCAACCUUGGCCAAGUCAUCUUAUCUCUGUAGACUUCAUUGAGGAAGCUAACCAGAGGAUUUUUAACAACAUCCCUUUUAAUUCUAGUGCCCUAUGAGCUCUACAAAUAUACCUGGAAACCCAGGGAUCUGAGAUGAAUGAGGAUUUUUAAGACGUCAUGAAAAGUUUUUCAGUUUAGGAGCCUAAACUCUGAGAUUUGAAUUCUAAUGUUGCCUAGCCAAGAACAAGCAAUAUGACCUAGAAAGUUACCUAAUGGGAACUUAAGUUCCAUAUCUGCAAAACAAGGAUAAAGAAACCUAUCCUACAUGUUUUACAAAAAUGUUGGGAGGACCAAGUUACAUAUAAUGAGUGGGAAAGUAAUUUGAAAACCAGAAAACUCUGUUUAGGGAUUUCCCUGGUGGUGCAGUG